UUGAUUGGGAAGCACCUACUGAAUAGCAACACUAACGUUUAUCGCUUCGGAUUGCCAUCGGGAACACAUGUCCUGGGGUUGCCAGUGGGCCAACACAUCAUGCUUGGCCCUGUGAAUGCUGGAAAGGAUGCACCAAGUCGACCGUACACACCGAUAACUAUCGGUACUGCAUUAGGGUACUUUGAUCUUCUCAUCAAGACAUAUCCAUCCGGCCGGUUAACUCCGUGGAUCAAUCAGUUGAAAAUUGGCGAUGAGGCAUUCAUCAGUGGUCCUUUCGGGAGCUUCACUUACCAGGGGAAAGGACGCAUCCAC